ACAAAAAAUCCCCAUUGAGAGCGAGAGCUUGUACAGGCGACCCAGCUCCAGCUGCUGCCUCCAUCCCACCACCACCGCCGUUCGCCGUGCUAUGCGCCCCGAAGAUGGCGCCCGCUACGGUCAGAAGGGCUCCUUAUAAGGAUUUCCUUCAGCCUGCACUGCACAGGCGCUUUUCCACGGUCGCCACCAUCAUCCUUGCCAUCGCGUACGCCCAGAGCGUCUUGCUGUCCGACUGGAGCUCAUGGCUCUGGUCAUGGUUCCCCCUCGGCCCGGCUGGCUUCCGAGCUGUCUUCCUCUUCUUCUGCGGCCUCUUCAUCCUCGUCCUGCGCAUCGGCCAGUACCACGUCGGCCUGAGGACGUCCAACUCGGGCUUCCAGACCUUCGUCGCCAACGCCCUCUCGUCGCGGACUAUCUGGGCCAUUCUCGCUCAUGUCUCCUCGGCCUGGCUCUUUAGCCAGGUGUACAUGUGGUCAGCAUCCUCGAGCGCGAACCUCGGCUGGAUCACCUACUUCAACGGCGACCGCGCGCGCCUCAACGAGAAGACCAUCUUCUUCUUCGUCCACUUCCUCGUCUUCGGCAUGGCCCGGGGCAUUGUCCACGUCGCCCUCGAUCGCGACCACAUCAGCCUCGGGACAGUCAAGCCCCCGAGUGCAGCUGGGAAGGAGUGGCUGGCGCUCUGGACUUCGUUGCCGGCGAUAAUGGUCUCUUCGUUUCCCAUCGCACUAUUUGCGGUUAUGCUCACUGCAGUGCUCUACUUCACCGCGAUCAGGCCUUUUGCCUGGAGUAUCGCCCUCAUGACUUUCAGGCCUUUCUACAGCCUGCCAAAGUACAACAUUCUUCCAGUGUCUUGGCCUCUCACCGCCAGCCUCGUCCUCCGAUGCACGCUUUUGACCGCCAUUCUUAAUAUGAUGUGGGGUGUCGGGAACGUCGCGUUUUCCAUUUUCCUCGUCAAGCCUCCAUUCAAGAAUGGGAAACCCCUGACCUCGGAUGCCAAGGAUCCCAAUGGAAGUCUCUUGAACGGGCUCAAGAGUAAGAAACUCCCUAUCAAGUGCUUCGCCAUGUGGGAACUUGCCGUUAUCGCUUGCGACUUCGAAGACCGACGAAAAGUGAUUUACGAGGAUUUCGAGCGCAAGGAUGGGUCCAUGUGGUCCCAGGCCUGUGCUGCCUGCGUCGAGGUCAUCAAGGAGCUAGAAUCGAGAAUGGACAACUACGGCAAGACUCCCGUGCCGAUCCAGCCGCCAGCCCAGUCAGAGGCAGCAGAGACGGCACGGCAACUGUCCAGGAAAUCGCUGAAGAGCCCGCCUUUUGCGGAAGCGACAGCUUCAAGGAUGGGAGUCGUGGGCGAACUCAAAACCACCGUCACCGAGUACGUCGACAAGGUCGCGAGGGAUCCGAACCAACCAUCACGCCUGAGCCCGAUAGGGAAGGCGGCCGGAGAGGCGAGGCUCAGGCUUCGCGAGAUGAAGAAGCAGUUGGCCGAGGAGGAUAGCAGCAGCGCAAGCAACCCGGUGCAGACCAGGGCCCGGGCGCUGCUUGCGUCGCCGUUUGGGUGGCCGUUCCGGCAGGAGUAUGGGCGUCGACUCACGGCAGCGGUUCUCGGUGGUCCUUACGGGGAGCCCAGCCUCUAUAUAAACGCAGCGACGGCGCUGAGCCAGCUGGCGGUGCACAGUCUGCAGGAGGACAAGUACGGCAAUGUGCAGCGCGACGUGGCGCUUAUUGUGCGGACACUCACGGCGGUGACGUCGAAGCUGGACACAUUCAAGAAGUCGUUUCCUCUGCACUGGACCGACGUGCAAAAGGACCGCAGCAGCCCCGAGGUCGACGCGGUGCUGGAGGCGCUGAGGGACGGCCUCUCGGACGUGGUGCUCAAGUUUGAGCGCUACAGCCGCGACCUGAGGCUCACCAUGGCGGACAUGCGGCUGGCGCGCGAGGCGAUCGGGGUGCAGGCGGCGGCGGAGGCUCCGGCGAUGAACAGGAGGGCAUCGCCUCAGAUGCAGCAGGUCAGGUAGAGAGGGUAUUCGGCGUUCUGCUAUGGGUACGGAUAUCAGGCAUAAUGUAGAGAGCGAAUAGAAGCGAGACAGCCUGUAGUUUUCAUGUCACGAGUCUCUGCUGGAUGCGUCAUUGCUGGUCGUCCCGUUAUAUGUCUUGGAUGUCGGUC